CCUCUCUGGCAAUAGCGGUGCGCUAGAGUGGGAGAGAACUACUGACGCAAUCAGUUGAGAGCGACGCCAUUUGCUACUGCGUAGAGCUGCCCGCUAAGCGUGCGUGUAAGCAGGCCGAAAACACUCGCACGACAUCGCGUUCUCAUUUACUCACACCAGCGCGCUCGUCACACGCACAGGCGAAUGGGGCGGUGUGGUGUUUCGGCUUCUGGAUUUGCGCCCGCGUUGAGUUCAAACAUUCCCAGUUUCUCAACUGUGCCGACUGGUUGUCUCGCGCCCCUGAGCAGAUCGGUUGCUUUAACCGGUAAUCGAAGUGCAAGUCGGUUUUUAUUUUAAACGGCACCCGCGAGAGAACGAAUAUCAAUAUUGGAAGUGUUAUCGCGGAUCCGGAUUUUAUGAUUAUACAAAUUGGCCUCGGGUUUCGGAUGGACCGAACAAAGUUUCCAAGGGACUAAAGACCUUAGCAGCUUUUUGAGCUAAUAAUUAACGUCUAAAGUAUUAAAAGAAAAGGUAGUUUCGCACAUAAAAGUAAAUCUUGUUUGUGAAGAGUGUGGCCAUAUCUCCCAUAUCUCACCCAGUGCGGCCGAUGUCCAAAAACGAUAUCAAGCGGAACUUUUUAUCUUACCUGUCGCUAAGUAAAGUGUUUUAGUGAGUGUCUCGUAUAGGCUUAUGUGUGACCCUAAGUUCCUUAAAUUAACUUGCUGCUGAAGAAGUUAAACAAGCAGCAGUAAAUGUAGUAUAAAUGCUUUCACAAGAGGUUCUAAUCUGUAAAAAAAACGAUUAAGUGAUGCUUAUAUUCAGACCAAAUCGGCUCAAACCCUUCAAGUGUCAAAAGAUCUUCGCAUAUCAAGGCCAGGGCCAUAGGAUUAGCCAGAAGAAACGUAGAACUACGGAAUAGGUCUGCAAAACCCAAAGUACAGCCUAAACAAUCAUACCACUCUCGACAGGAAUCAUCCUUGGAAAUAGACCUCGAGUCAUUCCAAAAGACGCACAUGGGCGUCUGCACCGAGGAGCGCCCUGUGAUGCAUUGGCAGAGCGCAAGAUUUCUUGGGCCCGGCGCAAGGGAGAAAAGUCCAACACCACCUGUAGCACAUCAAGGGAGCAUUCAUUGUGGCAGUGCUGCAGGUGCAAAUAACAACAACCCAUUGUUCCGGUCAUGCACCUUAUCCUUGUGUCGAGAUAUUUGUGAUCAUAGUACAAAGCCAUUUGGCAAUGCUUUCGACACUGUGUCAUUUAAAAGCUUUGAAACAGCGGAACGCGCUACCCUUGAGGAGUCCGCGGCCAAAUUCUCGAUCAGCCGCAAUCGUACAGAUCGAACGGAGGUGAGCGACGAAACGACUUCGGGCAUAACAUUUAAAACUGAACCCUUCGGACCACCCAGCAGCCCCGAGUCCACCAACGAUUACAAAAUUGCACGCUACCUUCACGACUGCUCUGGUUGUGGGCGACAAAUUCAGGAUCGAUUCUACCUCUCCGCUGUGGAAAAAAGAUGGCACGCCAGCUGUUUACAGUGCUACGCUUGUCGGCAACCAUUGGAACGGGAGUCCUCAUGCUACUCACGAGAUGGCAACAUUUAUUGCAAAAGUGAUUAUUAUAGUUUUUUUGGUACUCGCCGCUGCUCCCGGUGCCUGGCUUCGAUUAGCUCCAACGAGUUGGUGAUGCGUGCCCGGAACCUUGUAUUUCACAUUAACUGCUUUUGCUGCACAAUCUGCCAUACGCCACUGACAAAGGGAGAUCAGUACGGUAUAAUCGAUGCGCUCAUAUACUGCAGGACCCACUACAAUAUAGCGAGGGAAGGCGAUGCCGCCUCGUCCAGCAUAAGCGCCAACCACUCGUACAGCGCCCAGUAUGGCUCGCCGCACAACGACUCCUCGAGCCCGCACUCGGACCCUAGUCGGAGUAUUGUUCCUACGGGCAUCUUUGUUCCCGCGUCUCACGUUAUUACCGGACUGCCGCAGCCGACUCGGCAGAAAGGCAGGCCGCGCAAGCGCAAGCCCAAGGACAUUGAGGCGUUCACCGCAAACAUAGAUCUCAACACUGAGUACGUAGACUUUGGUCGGGGCUCGCACUUAAGCUCCUCCUCGCGCACCAAACGAAUGCGAACCUCAUUCAAGCAUCACCAGUUACGUACCAUGAAGUCCUACUUCGCCAUUAAUCACAACCCUGAUGCCAAGGAUUUGAAGCAGUUAUCGCAAAAAACCGGUUUACCAAAGAGAGUCCUGCAGGUCUGGUUUCAAAAUGCCAGAGCCAAAUGGCGCCGCAUGAUGAUGAAGCAGGAUGGCAGUGGGAUGCUGGAAAAGGUCGAGGGCUCCUUAGACCUUGACAGCAUUUCCGUGAACAGUCCUAGUUCGUUCAUAUUGGGCGGCCCUAAUAGCACCCCGCCACUUAACAUUGACUAACUGAUGCUCAGAGGAAAAGUAAAGAAAAUGAUAUUGGCAAAAGAACCCAGCGCUGCAUUAAACUUCCGCAUCAAACCUACAUGCCACUUUACACCACGUUUGUCCUAGUCAAGAUCCCGACAUGAAGAACUCUUGAAUGGUAUUGACCCGUUGUAUAGAAAUCCAGUCGAAAAUUAGCAUGGCACUCAAAAAACCGAUUGAAUACGUAUCGAAAGGCUUACUAUUUAAUAAGCUGACGGGACAUUGAAUUGUAUAUUUUUGUAGUUGCUUAUAGGCUAUAGACAGCACCUCACGGUUGGUACUUGUCUCCGAUGUUGUUUCUUAAAAUCCACCGCUCUUUUGUAAAUAUGGACUAGAGUCUUUAUUGUUUACUUAUUUAGGCACAUAAAUAUUGUUAACAUAUAGUAAUAAUAUAUGAAAAGAUUACAACAUUUUGUAUAUAUGUAUGUAUGUACAUGUAUGUAUCACAGAAUGGUUUCCGGGUGAAAUUCGGGAACAUAUAGAAAAGCAUAAAUAAAAGGUUCCCGCAAAUUUGCUCAAAACUAUUUCUGGGACACCACAAUGAGGA